CCUCUAUCUCUUCCAGUUCCGAUAAAGCCUAAAAUGCCCUAGGCGGACCCAAACGAGGUCGUUUCAACUCCGUACUUCGACGCUCGCCGGAUAUAUGCGUACACCACUUUUCCGAUUAACCGGAGACCAAUAGUUGAUGCGGUGAUUGAGAUUAUUCCGGCGAUGGAGACGGAGGUUCAAGCAAACUACACCUACAUGGGACGGAGCUUCGGCGAUUUGAGCAUCAACGACGAUUCAUCGUCCGCCUUCAGUGAUUGCAACAGUGAUCGAUCCGGCGAGUUUCCGACUACGUCGUCUCAGAGCCGCCGGCUUCUCCUCGCUUGCACUUCCGAGAACUCCGACGAUCUGAUCCGACAACUCGUCUCCGAUCUCGAAUCCUGUUCGAUAGAAGGGCAAAAGGAAGCGGCGAUGCAGAUCAGGCUCCUCGCGAAGAACAAGCCGGAAAAUCGAAUCAAGAUCGCACAAGCCGGUGCGAUCAGGCCGUUGAUUUCUCUAAUCUCAUCCUCUGAUCCUCAGCUUCAAGAGAACGGCGUUACAGCGAUUCUAAAUCUAUCUCUAUGUGAUGAGAACAAAGAGCUGAUAGCCUCGUCUGGAGCAAUCAGACCUCUCGUGAGAGCUCUCAAGGUCGGAACAUCAACGGCGAAAGAGAACGCGGCUUGUGCUCUGCUUCGCCUAUCGCAAGUCGAAGAGAACAAGAUCGCAAUCGGACGGUCGGGAGCGAUUCCUCUACUCGUGAAUCUUCUGGAUACAGGCAAUUUCAGAGGGAAAAAGGACGCAUCGACGGCUCUGUAUCUGCUAUGUUCGGUGAAGGAGAACAAAAUCAGAGCCGUUGAGGCUGGAAUCAUGAAGCCUCUGGUGGAGCUAAUGGCUGAUUUCGAAUCAGAUAUGGUGGAUAAAUCGGCGUUCGUGAUGAACGUGUUGGUAUCGGUGCCGGAAGCGAGGACGGCGUUGGUGGUGGAAGGUGGAAUACCGGUCCUGGUGGAGAUCAUCGAGGUUGGGUCAGCGAGACAGAAGGAGAUUGCGGUGGCGAUACUGUUGCAGAUUUGCGAGGAUAGUGUGCCGUACCGUACUAUGGUGUCCCGCGAAGGAGCGAUUCCUCCUCUGGUUGCAUUGUCGCAGUCUGGGACCAGUCGCGCUAAACAGAAGGCGGAGACACUGAUUGAGCUUCUACGGCGACCAAGAUCCGGCAACGCCGCUUCCAGGACUUCAGAUCUAUCAGUUUAAGCGUCCAAAUGUAAUCAUACAAAUCCACAAUUUUCCAAUAAACAAAUGAAAAAAAUGCAAAAAAAAGAAAACAAAAGGACAAAUGGAAGCAAAGAAAAACUGUAAAUAGGUGGUGAUGGUGGUGAUGUUGUAGUGAGAGAGCUUGUAAAUUUUUGAAAUGGUUUUUGGAGCUUUGUUGUUUUUGAUUGGUUUUUACAAGUUUUGAAAUUUUGUAUUGAAAUUGUCUUCUAAUUA